GUUAAAAUGCUGCAUUUAGAGUUGUCCAAAUACAAAUUUUUUAUUGAUACACCAUAUUUGUAAAAAAAAAUUUGUUGUUGGAGGUUUCCACAAUCUUGUCAGCUAGAAACAGAUGUAUCAAGCUUCAGGUUAUUAGCAAGCAUAAGCUUCUUGCAUGAUAAUGAACUGCAAAAAUCGUUGACGUAUAAAGCAAGCAAUACGGGACCAAAUUGUAACCCUGAGGUACACCACUACUUGACAUAUGUUUGUCAGAACUAACUCCAUUAUAGAAUAAAUAUAGAGUUCUCAAGUCUAGAUAAGACCUGAGAAGAUCCACGUAAGUUCUGUUGAUUCCCAUGUAUUCAGUGUUUUAUCAAAGUAUGUCAAUUUUGUCAAAGGCUUUUGUAAAAUCAGUAUACAUGACAUGAACUUGCCCCCAAAAUGAAACAGCAACAAGAGAUUACCUAAUGUAACGCUUCAAACUUAUGCUGUGGUUUUCAUGCUGGUAGUCCCGGGCUUUGCGAUGCAAAAAGUAUAGUGAUGACUUCGCGAUUUCGACAUGGUACAGGAACGAUCAGGCUGUUCUCGCAACACAACAGUAGCGGAGAAAAAAAAAUAACUGCACUAUAAUCUGGAUGACAGAUACAACAAGACUUACUGUCGUUGAAAAUUGUACUUGAAAAAUGCCACAUCGGUGGCCGAUAUGUCGUCAGUCAAAGGUAAUUCAAGCAUACUCGUAUACGGCGUCCAGUCCUAAGUCAAUACUUGUAGCAUAUUUUGAUUAUUGUUUUCAGUAAUGAAUUCUAUUCUACAGGGAAAGGUUCAAUAACCAUUCAGAUGCCAUUUUCAUAUAAUAGAUGUUUGGAUCAAGAUAGCAUUCAAUAGGCAGUGGCAUAACGAAUUAGUUAAAAAUAAUCAGGAGCCUCUGAAACGUCAAAAAACAAAGUCUGAGCGAUUCCUAUUUUUUUCUUUUGCGUGAAAAUUUCCUAGAAGCCGAGCGGUGGAAAUUCUUCCAAAAUGUGAGUGACUCUCCAAGUGUACGUGUAUGUUCAAAGUAACCCUGAGCAAUAUAGUGAGCUAGUGCACUUUAUUCUCAAAUUGAUAUAGGUAUUAAAAUCUAGAACAAUGACUGUAACAACCACAAAGGCGUCAGAAAACAUCGAAUCGUAUAUAAGCCUAAUUUCCCAUGAACCGCCAGAAGAUUUGAAAGUUGAGAAGAAAAACGCACAACCGAAAGAUGGGAAAUACAAAUUCUUAUUUUGGGAAUUCGAAACACCAGUAAUAUGGGGAAAUGUGAUACUGAUAACAAUAUUCCAUAUCAUUGCUGUUUACGCCCUGUUUGAACAUUUUAUUGUUAUCAGAACGCCAGGAAUAAUUUUAUAUUGUCUUAUUCUUGGCGGAAUAUGUGGAUUUGGAAUAACUGCUGGGGCCCACAGGUACUGGACUCAUCGUUCUUACAAAGCCAAACUUCCAUUGAGGGUGAUACUUUUGAUUUGCUAUAGCUGCGCUGGACAGAACUCUAUAGUACAGUGGGUGCGAGAUCACAGAGUCCACCACAAGUUCAGUGAAACCGAUGCGGAUCCUCACAAUUCGAACAGAGGAUUCUUCUUCUCUCAUGUGGGUUGGUUGAUGACGAAGAAGCAUCCUGAGGUUCUAAGCAAAGGAAAAACGAUUGACUGUAGUGAUCUGCUGGAAGAUCCGCUCGUUGCAUUCCAUGAAAGGCACUUCAUGUUGUUCAAGAUUCUAUGCUGCUUCAUAGUACCAACAAUCAUACCUCCUUUCCUAUAUGGCGAGACGUGGUAUACAAGUAUUAUGGGAGUAUGCUUUGUUAGAUACGUAGUUUCACUCAACUCCACUUGGGCUGUGAACAGUUUUGCACAUUUCUAUGGGAACAAGCCUUACGAUAAACGUAUCCGUCCAGUAGAAAAUACUGGAGUUUCCCUCUUCGCGAUGGGAGAGGGUUACCACAACUACCACCAUACCUUCCCAUGGGACUACAGAGCAGCGGAACUUGGUAUGGCGUUGAACAUCACUACUCUGUGGCUGGACUUUUUCGGCAAAAUUGGCUGGGCGUAUGACUUAAAAGUUGGGUCGGAUGAAUUGAAGGAGUCCAUGAUCAUGAACCAUGGGGAUGGUACAUACCACAAGAAAAUAGAAGAUACUAAGAGUGAAUAAAAUAUGUAUAAAUUUAAACAUUUCUUGUAAUAUAUACGUAUCUAGUGUCA